CUGGUAUGCAAACAUAAAUUUAGCAGCAACGUGUUUGCACCGGGAACAACAUAUCUGCAAGCGGACCGGCUUGUUGGAAAUGUCACGUCUUGCUUGCCCUGCCACUUUUGAGCCUGAGGACGGUCGUUUCAGUGGUGCCGGAGUGCGGCGUGGAGCUGAGCUGAGGGGGUUCUAACCCGCUCCCAUCACUCAACCACCAGCGGCACUCUCAGGGACAAGAGACACUGUCUUCAUUCAGUCUGCAAGCGGGGGGAAUUCAGGGGGGGCAAUGAAGGGGGGCAACUGGGAAGCAACUGGACUGGUUCUUUUGACGGUUUGGGCACAGGUUGUCGUUUGGGCCAAUGACGGUGAUGCGGUGUUCAUCCGAGAGUUCACCCUCAUUCGCAGAGACCACCUUUCAGAGGUGCCGCUCCAUGAUGCGAGUCAAAAACCCGAAGACUCGAGCUCGCGAACAGCCCGCUCGGAAGAGGACCGAGACACUCUUUGGGAUGCCUGGGGCUCGUGGAGCGAGUGUUCCCGCACCUGCGGAGGAGGAGCGUCCUAUUCCCUGAGACGAUGCCUCAAUUCCAAGACAUGUGAAGGGCAGAAUAUCAAAUAUCGCACAUGCAGUAAUGUGGAAUGCCCUGCGGACGCGGGAGACUUCCGGGCUCAGCAGUGUUCAGCCCACGCCGAUGUCCGCUACCAGGGCCGCUAUCACGACUGGCUGCCUCUCUACAAUGACCCAGACAACCCCUGCACCCUCAAAUGCAAGGCCGAGGGCUCGUCGGGCGUGGUGGUCGAGUUGGCGCCCAAGGUUCUGGACGGGACGCGGUGCUACACGGAGUCCCUGGACAUGUGCAUCAGCGGAGUGUGCCAGAUCGUCGGCUGCGACCACGAAUUGGGAAGCGCGGCCAAAGAAGACAACUGUGGCGUGUGCAGUGGAGAUGGCUCCUCCUGCCGGCUUGUGCGAGGACACUACAAAUCCCAGCAUGCCUCAGGAAAAACCGAGGACACUGUGGUGGUGAUCCCCUAUCAGAGUCGACACGUACGUCUUGUCCUCAAAGGCCCGGAUCACUUGUCUGUGGGGAGUAAGACUCUGCAAGGGGUGAAAGGCCAACUUGUCCUUAAUAAGUCAGGGCAGUACCACCUGGAAAAUACCACCUUGGAUUACCAGAAACUCGCCGACAAAGAAGUCCUGAGAAUUCCUGGGCCACUCUGGGCUGAUUUCACCAUCCAGGUCCAGUUUGCAAGUGGAGCAGACAGCGUCAUCCAGUACAUCUUCUACCAGCCUAUUAUCCACCGCUGGAGGGAGACGGACUUCUUCCCUUGCUCUGUCACGUGUGGAGGAGGAUACCAGCUGACGUCUGCCGAGUGCUUUGACAUUCGCAGUGGCCGCGUGGUUGUGGACCAGUACUGCCAUUAUUACCCGGAGAACAUCAAGCCCAAACCUAAAUUGGAGGAAUGCAACAUGGAGCCUUGUCUUGCCAAUGAUGGCUACAAGGAGAUUAUGCCUUAUGACCUCUACCACCCCUUGCCUCGGUGGGAAAGCAGCCCCUGGACAGCCUGCUCCACUUCCUGCGGCGGCGGAGGCAUCCAGAGCCGCUCUGUCUCCUGUGUGGAGGAGGACAUGCAAGGCACCAUCACACCGACCGAGGAGUGGAAGUGUCUCUAUGCCCCCAAGACGGCCAUUUUGCAGCCAUGCAACGCCUUCGACUGCCCCACCUGGCUGGCCCAGGAGUGGUCUCCCUGCACAGUGACAUGCGGUCAGGGUCUGCGCUACAGGGUGGUGCUCUGCAUUGACCACAGGGGGCUCCAUGCUGGAGGAUGCAACCCCACCACCAAGCCCCACAUUAAAGAGGAGUGCCUGGUCACAGUGCCCUGCUACAAAGCAAUAGAUUUAUUACCUGUUGAGGCCAAACCUUUGUGGCACAAGCAGGCCAUCGAGCUCGAAGUCGAAGAGGAGAUGGUCGUAACUGAGGAGCCCAAAUUCAUCCCAGCUCCAUGGCAGCCAUGCAGCAGGAUGUGCGGUGUCGGCAUUCGACGCCGCGCCGUCAAGUGUCAGGUCUUGCUGUCCUUCUCCCAGACGGUCGCAGAGCUCCCUGAUGAUGAGUGCGAGGGCAUCAAACCCCCAGAGAGCCAACCUUGCAACCGUACUCCAUGCCAUAAGCCAAACGGGGGCGAUGACAUAGAGGAGGAGGACAUGGAGAUGGAGGAGAUAGUCCAAGGAGAGGAGCUGUUUGAGUGGGAAUAUGACGGCUUCACAGAGUGCUCCGAAAGCUGUGGAGGAGGUGUGCAGGAGGCAGUGGUCAUCUGUCUGAACAAGCAGACAAGGGAUGCAGCUCUAAACCAGAGCUUGUGUGUGAGCGCCCGCAGACCCCCGCCACUUCUACAGGACUGCAAAACACAGCCUUGCCCCCCCAGGUGGGAAACAGGCCAGUGGAGCUCAUGUUCCGCUUCCUGCGGUGUUGGCCUGAUGUCCCGCACUGUGGCGUGUACUCACAGGCCCUCGCGGGACAGCAACCACACUGAGGUUUUGAGGGAUGACAAGUGCCACGACCCUAAACCAAACCCCGCUCAAGCCUGCAACCGCUUUGACUGCCCUCCCAUGUGGGAGGCACAGAACUGGGGCCAGUGCUCCGGUAGCUGUGGUGACGGACUUCAGAGGAGGCUUGUCCUGUGCAAACAGCGCUUGGCAGACGGUAGCAUCCUGGAGCUGCCCGAUACAUUUUGCCCUAUCAAAAGCCCGGCCAACCAGCGAGCGUGCACUGAGCAGCCAUGUCCACCUCAGUGGGUCACCAGCUGGUCCCAGUGUUCAGUCACAUGUGGAAAUGGUAUACAAAGGCUGGAGGCUGUCUGUAGGAAACAAGGCGAGGAUGGACGACAUCAGACCAUCGAUUCAAACAACUGUGCGUCUGAGGCACGACCAACCAGGUUCCGCCCUUGUUCUCUCAGGCUUUGCAAAAAUUUCCUGAAGCCUGGCCCCACUAUACUGGCCCAGAGAAAUGUCUAUAUCCAAUGGAGGAAGAGCAAAAAGGUCAACUUAGUUGUCGGGAGUAGAGCCUAUCUUCUCCCCUGGACCACUGUUGUCCUUCGUUGCCCCACCCGCCACAUCCCUAAGGGAAACAUAAGAUGGUUGAAGGAAGGGAAGCCCCUUGUAAGUCUCCCACACCUGUCUGUUACCUCUGUGGGAUUAGUGAAGAUACAGGAAGUUGGAGUAUCUGACGCUGGGACAUAUACAUGUGUGGCGGGCCAAGCUCAGGCACAUUUAGUCCUUCAGAUCAUUGGCAACAAGCAGAAGGGGUCCAUUAUAGAGGACAUCAACCCGUAUGACCGUUUUGUUGAGCGUUUGCUCCAAGUCAAAUCUGCCUCAGAAGACGAUCUUUCCAUCCCGAAUGUUCUCAUUCUCAAUAGCCAGAAGCUGGAAGACAACCUGAGAGGCCAACAAGAAGCGCAACUCAUUGCUCAGUUAGUCAGUCAGCUGCCCCACGAUAAAACCAAUGAUUCCACUCUACACCACCCGGAAAGUGUGCUCAAUCCCCUUCUUCGAAAACCACACUCGACCAGAUUCAGAAUCCCUGUAAUCAUUCAGAAACCCAGGAAAGUUGGAUCAUUGUCCUCCGACGAAGUUGUAGUCCACGUAGGAUCUCCUGUUUUGCUUGGGAAGCCUGUUUCCACUUUGGAAAUCAAGUGUGAGACUCUCGGUUACCCUGAACCUUUUCUGAGUUGGACGAAAAAUGGUAAACAGCUGCACUACCAAACCAGAAUAGACCUGUUACCCACUGGCUCGCUUAGGAUCCAGUCUCCAAACCAGGAGGACGAGGGACUGUACACCUGCACUGCCAGAAACCGCCUGGGAUCAUCGUCGCUUUCAUCUUGGUUGCAGGUAACAGGAAGCAAAGGAAGAAACUGUGUCCAAGGCGUUUGCUCUGAUAGGAGCAACGAGUCUCUCUGCAAUGGGCAAGACUGUUCCCUCAGGUGGCGUGUGGACACAUGGGAGCCUUGUUCAGCCAGCUGCGCUGGAGGGUCCCAGACCAGACGUAUCCGCUGUGUUAGGGGUCCUGAGGACGGAUGGAAGGACGUAGAGGGCCACCAUUGCCUUGGUGUAGGGCGGAGACCGCCAGACACCAGGAUAUGCAACAUUCUUCCCUGCGCCGAUUGGGCUACAACUGCAUGGGGGACGUGUAACAGUCAAUGUGUGGGUCCCGGUUUGGCUACACAGCACCGCCAUGUCUUCUGUCAAGACACAAAUGGCACCAAAGUGACCAACAGGAUGUGUAGCGGUCUUCAACGGCCGAGCUCAACCAGAAACUGCUCCGUAGAAGCCUGCAUCCUCCAGUGGCGAGUCGGGCCCUGGACACAGUGCACCGCCACCUGCGGGCGACACGGCUUCCAGUCGCGCCGGGUCGUCUGCACGCACCGAGCAACCAGAAGGCCGACUCGGGAGCAUCACUGCAUGUGGAAGCCCCGUCCUCCCAGCUGGCAGCGCUGUAAUCUCACCUCCUGUGGCAGAGCUGGAGAGUGCAGAGACAGCACCAGGUACUGCGAGAAGGUUCGACAGCUGGAGCUGUGCACGCUGCCUCAGUUUAAAAGUCGCUGCUGUCACUCAUGCCUGAACACCUGAGUGAUGCCGGAGUUGGAGGAUGUUAGACAUUUCUGCUUAGUGGACGCUGAGAAGGUCCAUGGAGGAGCUUUCAUCUCUGAACCCUUGCAUGAACUACUGGAAAUGUGCCUAAUGCAUUUUUGGGUAGGCCAUACACUCCAGUCUGAGGGCAAAUAUUUUAUCGACAUUAUCAGUUCAUUCACACACAAUAUCAAUUUAAUAAGCAAAGCUUAUUACCUGGUUUAGAAUGCAGCCUCUUUGACCAUGUAAGGCCAACGAAUGUCCAAUGAGUGCUUGUCGCUAGCUAUCAGUUGCACAACCACAUGCAGUUUAUCACGUUGUGCAUUUUUAUGCCCAUUAUCAGAAUCAGAACCAGAAAUAUUUUAAUAAUCCCCGAAGAGAAAUUAAGAUUUUCAGCACAAUCCCAUUAAAGAGCAGACAAACAUUACAGGGAGGCAGAACAGGAUCGCUGACGGGUCUGCCAACUUCCAGCGCCCCUUACAAAAAAGGUGAGAGACAGGUAAACACUGGAGAGGGUGAGUGAGAAGAAAAAAAAUUCAGUCUAAGCCUGAGGCCAAGGAGAAAAAAACCUCAUAGCCAUAGCACACAUAAACAUGCGUUUAUGUCUGAAGACAAAGGACAUUAAAAUCGUUAAAAGAGCAGAACUGAUGCAACCAACCACUUCUACACACAGCCACAAAAGUAAAAUAACAACAACAACAAAAAACAUAUACACUGUGCUGGCCUCUGCGGUGUUCCACGCCAUCAUCUGCUGGGGUGGCGGGAGCAUGGCCAGAGACAGGAGCAUACCCAACAAAGCAACCAGGAGAGCCGAUUCAACCCUCGGCCGCCCACCAACUCUCGGCCAGUGUCCAGUCCACAUGUAUGAGCGAGGAUGCGUCUCAGGAGACGGAGGUGUCCGAUACCUGCUCAUUCAGCUUGUCCGUCCCGGCACUCAACGCCAGCUCCGCAGCCCUGUCUCUUCAUCCGCAUCUCCUCCAGUCUCUCCAAUCUGACUCUGGUGUGGCAGAGACCCAGCAGCUGGUCUGCACGGCCAAAUGGCAGAUCCAGAAGUUCACAAAAAAGCACCGCAGAAGUCACGAAAGUCCCACCCCUUGUCACACAGUCCCAAAGGGUCCCGAACCAAAAGGUGAAAAACCCCAAAAACACACAAUACAAUUACACACAAUAUCAAUUGGAUAAGUAAAAACAAUGUUGCUUACCUGCCUUAAAACACAACCUUUUUGGCACUUAAAGCCCAGAGUUGGCAUGUGGUUACAGUUGGAUACAUUCAUGGACCGUUUUCUCCUCUUGCGUAAUCGUUGGCCCGUUCGCACACUAUAAAUUCAAUAUGCAAAUCGACAUCACUUUCUGACCAUGUAAGGCCGGUGAAAAUUGCCACUAGUGCUCAUCAAAGCUAACAACUGCUAAACUACAAGCUGUUGUCCCCUUGUGCAUUUAUCUCUCUACUCACACACAAUGUCUGCUUGAUAGGGUACACAAAGUCACCUGACCUAAAAAUGCAGAGCUGUAUUAAACUAAGUUUGAUUUGGCAUAUGAUUGUACUCAAACAGUCAUUUGCGUAGUUGUCGGUCCAUUCACACAUAAUAUCAAUUUAAUAACCCUUAAACACAGUCAUAUAAGUCUUGCAAGACCACCAUAUUUCCCACCAGUUGCACAACCAUAUUGUAGGUUGCGUGUCUGUCCAGUCACACGUCAGUUUGAUGCCCUUGAAAGUCACCGUAUUUUUCUUUAUGGAAAAAACAAAGAGGAGUUGUUUGGCCGACAUUUUAACCUAGUCCUGCUGGGGUUGCACUAAUUAAGGAGGCGUACCUGUGAUGGGGAUUUAAAAAAAAAAAAGACAAUUAUUUUGCACUCGGAAACUAAAGUCUUUGUUAAGAACGGGACUUUUGGUUAAGUUACAUUGAUAUUUGUUUUUUGGUUAUAUUUGUCUAUACGUCCAUAUUUAACCACUCGUUGAUGCUUUUGCACGUUUAGUCGCCUGGUAAUAAUGCCUAGCUGCAAUACUCCCCCUAAAAUUGGUCAUACAUCAACUCAUUAAAGAAAAAAAAAACGACCUAUUGAAGCAUUUCUAUUGUAUUAUUUAUUCCAGAUGUUAGAUUCAACAUGUUAGACUACUUGGCUUUUUGUUUGUGUGUCUUAAGAGAAGAAAGCAACAUAUAACGUACUCCUUUUGUGUAGAUAUGUAAUAUUGUCUUCAUUAUUUAUUUCGAUGUCUUUGUGUAUAAUUUUGUAAAUAAAUAUUUGGUUGAGUUUUUAAGUAUUUUUUGGUCCCUACAACUGAUUGUAUUUGUUGUAAAAAGCAGAGUACAUGCAGAGGGCUCCCUCAGCUGGCCAAACCCUUUUUUCAUUGAAAUAAAAAAGAAGCACAUUCCUUUUUAUAA